CGCAGGUUCGAAUCCUGCCGACAACGAAUCGUUUUCCUUCUAGAACUUACACCCACAACAACCCGGAAGUCUCGUGUCCUUUGAGAGAACACGAUUAUGUGUUUACCGGGACACUAUUUUGAAUUCUGAUCGAGUAUGUCAUUAAUUUUAUGAUGCCUUUCUGAACCGAUAACAAAAAUAAAAUCCACACGUUUCCAUGGUAACGGACGUGGCGUUCUCCAUCGGACAAUCAUGGCGGAUGAUUUGGACGAUUUACUUGAUGAAGUCGAAUCAAAGUUUUGUUGCAACACUUCGGAGUCUAAACAGACAAGCCGUGUUAUGAAACAUACGGAUCAAAAGUGUGACAAUCUCGAAGAAAGGAAACUGCCAAGAAAACAAGGACGUAAAAGAGUUGAAAAUGAGAUAGAUAUUGACGCUAUGCUGCAUGAAAUACUGGAUGAUGAUGUUGAUACACCAACCAGCACACAUGAACCCAGUCCAGCAAAGGCAUCCUCAAGUGCUCAGACAAUCUCCAAGAAAUGUUGCCCUGUGUUUCUUGGUGGAAGCUCUGUUGCACACGGCAUUGGAACCAGCGUUUCCGAAAGGGCCUGCAAUCGAUUAAGAUGUACAUAUUGCGACUUCAGCGUAAUCACCUUUGAUGAUCAUGAAUGGGACUCGUCCUGUGACUAUUUAUUUUUCAGGAACAACAUGCCGGAUUACCACAAGCUGAAGGUGCAUCUGAGGAGGAGAGCGGGUGUUCGUGCGUACGCCUGUCAGUGUAGCUGGAUCUCAAUUCUGACACUCUCACACCUCAGAGAACAACCACAGCUCAAGUGGGUUUGUGGGAAACACAGAGCAUAAACUGCUUCAUCUGAUCAGAGUACGCCUGCUCUCCUGUUCACACAAGGAAAUGCUGGACAUUUUGACUUUGUGAUGCUGGAUAACAAAACCGCUUUCUUUUAAGAGUGUAGUUUGUGUGUGAACUUUUGUCUAUGCUGCAUUUCCUGUGGAAUGAUAAAGUGGCUGAUUUACAUUAUAUAAGCUGUAUUAGUUUGAUAAAUGAACAGCUAUAAUGUAAAUAAAUAUUAUA